AGUAUAGUGAGUGACGAGUAUAAAGACAAAAUUAACCAACUGAAUUCUGCAGAUAUGGAAACGAAGGAUUUUGAUUUUGAUUUUGAUUUUGAUUUUGAUUUUGAUUUUGAAUCCAACCAACAAUCUUCUUCUUCUCUUGCAAUCUAUAAAUUCUCCAUCUUCUACAUUUAUUUCUGAUUUUUUGUUUGUUUUUACCUUUUUGGCCGAUUUGCUGAGGGUUUUAGGGGCUUCAACACCAAGAUCUUUCUUCAAUUGCAGCUGUGUUUCUGUUCCCAAAUAUGAAAGAUUUCAACACUGAUUUGUUCGAUCCCAGAGCCGCGAUUGACUCGGAUUAUGUGCUCGCUGCUUCCACUUCGUCGCCGGAUUCUGAUUUUGGUUUCGCUUUUGACGACAGUAACUUUUCUGAUCGCCUGCUAAGGAUUGAGAUCGUUGGUGGCUCCGAUGAAACUGAGCCGGAUUUUGCUGGCCGUAGUAGCGUCCUUGAUUGGGCUCGCCGAAAGAGGAGGAAAGAAGAAAGGAAAACGGAAAAUUUUCUCGAUCUCGGUAAAUGCCCACAGCAGCAAGUUUUAACCUGUGAUGAUCCUGAUAUGGUCGAGGUCUUGUCCUUAGAAAAUCCAGAUGAGGGACCUGUGGCAAUGAUUGAAGAAUCACUAUCAGGUGAUGAAGCUGCCAAUGGCAAUGAUUUAAAUUUGGAUUCGUCUACCGUGACGAGGGUGAAGACCUUGCAUAUUAGCUCUCCUAUUUUGGCGGCCAAAAGCCCGUUCUUCUAUAAGUUGUUCUCAAAUGGUAUGAAAGAAUCCGACCAACGACUUGUGACCUUGCGGAUCAGUGCCUCUGAGGAAGCUGCUCUGAUGGAGUUGUUGAACUUUAUGUACUGCAAUAGCUUGUCUGUUACCAAAGCUCCUGCUUUAUUGGACGUGCUAAUGGCUGCUGAUAAAUACGAGGUUUCUUCAUGCAUGAGGUAUUGCAGCAGAGAAUUGCGACUUUUGCCUAUGACACCUGAGUCUGCAUUGGUCUAUUUGGAUCUUCCUUCCAGUGUUUUAAUGGCUGAAGCCGUCCAAUCACUGACCGAUGCAGCAAAACAGUACCUUGCUGGUCGUUAUAAAGACUUAAUCAAGUACCAAGAAGAUAUAUUGCAGUUUCCCCUUUCUGGGAUAGAGGCAAUAUUAUCUAGUAAUGAUCUUCUAGUAGCAUCGGAGGAUGCAGUAUUUGACUUUGUUUUGAAGUGGGCGAGGUUCCAUUAUCCUUCGUUAGAGGAGCGGCAAGAAGUCCUCGGUGUUCGUCUUGCUCGAUUCAUUCGCUUUCCUUACAUGUCCUGCCGGAAGCUUAAGAAGGUAUUGACAUGUAUCGACUUUGAUCACGAGGCUGCUUCCAAACUCGUGCUUGAAGCACUCUUUUUCAAAGCUGACUUCCCCCACAGACAACGAGCCUUGAUUACCGACGACUCUACUUCCCCGAGCCAUCCCUUCAUCGAGAGGACCUACAAGUAUCGGCCAGUUAAGAUCAUCGAAUUAGAACUUCCUCGACAGCAGUGUGUAAUAUUUCUGGACUUGAAAAGAGAAGAAUGUAUAAGCUUGUUCCCAUCUGGACGAAUUUAUUCACAAGCAUUUCAUUUGGGAGGGCAAGGAUUCUUCUUGUCUGCUCAUUGCAACAUGGACCAACAGAGCUCCUUCCAUUGUUUUGGAUUGUUCUUGGGGAUGCAGGAGAAAGGGUCUGUGACUUUUGCGGUGGAUUACGAGUUUUCAGCAAGAUCAAAGCCGAGCGAAGAGUUCCUCAGUAAAUAUAAGGGUAACUACACGUUCACAGGCGGAAAAGCUGUCGGGUACCGGAACUUGUUUGGUAUACCAUGGACUUCCUUCACGGCUGAAGAUAGCAUUUACUUCAUAAAUGGCGUCCUUCACCUCAGAGCAGAGCUUACCAUCAAGUCAUGACCUUCUCUACAUCAUAUAGGUGAAGUUUGAAAGACUUCCUUUUCAUGCUGACACUGUCUGUGUAGUUCUUAUAGCUGUUCUUUUUAUGGUUAGGAGAAUAGAUAUUUAGGUUUCAGUUUUAUGUUCAAUUCUAUUACGUUUGAAGGUGAAGCAAUCAGAAAAGUUCUCACUAAAUUGGA